CUGGCAGCACGAGAGAGCCAGCCAAACAAACAGUGACACAGAGUGCGCACUUCCUGGUAGCUGGUCGUUCAUCGGCUCUGUUGUUGUGAGCUUGGUAAAUGGAGGGACUACGAUGAAACUGCAAUUUUUAUGGGAAUACUAAUAGCAAUCGUUGCUGACAAUAUUGGCGUGGUGGUAAACACACCGGGAACGGUGUCUUGACGUCUCCAAACACUGCAUGAGGCUGUUGGUGGAAUGUCGCUGAGCUCAGGCGGGUGGACUACUCACACCCCACCGCCGGACCCGUCCUCAUCUAUCCCUGGCUAUGGGGCCUCACAAACUGGCUGCCAUACCGUCUUGAUGUCGGUACGGGUAUCAGUUUGCCAUUCUGGUAUUCGGCCGCUGUGUCUUCCUGGGGCAGGUGAUGAGUCACUCCGUCUACAGCUCAGUAUGGACCCCGGGAAGUCCGGGGAAUUCCGUCUCACGCUACGGGACACCAGCGGAACAACGGGUCGGAGUGUGGUAAGAGAGAGAAAGUCCAUUGCAGAGUUUGACCUGAGGUCGGUGCACUAUGAGGUGAAAUCGCCAAAAUGCCACGAGCUGAGUUUGUUCAUGCCCCCUCACGACCGCAUCAGCUUCAACUUCCGCUGCGAGCAGGAGGCUCAGGAGUGGGCCACCGUGGUGAUAUCAUCACUCAGAGAGGCACACAGGGUGUCCGACAGCCCCCCCACCGAUGACCGACAACUUCCUCUGGAGGCCUUGGAGACACCCAGCUCCGCUUCCUUACCACGCACAGAGGAGAUGUGUGCUGAGCUGACCAGGGCCAUCGAGGCUGGUGACAUCCAGGCGGCCUCUAUCUACGCUGCCACCCUGGCUCGUCAGCAGGCAGAGCUGAAGAUCCAGCCCUCUGAGAGGAGCUACGGAGACACGGAGCUUAGCUUGGCUGUAGUGGUCGAAGAUUCUUCGUCUUCCUGUUGUGUCACAGUGAAAGUCCCCCCCCACGCGACCAUCGCAAUACUCAAGCAGCAGGUAUUCCUGGAGUAUGGCUUCCAUCCGCGGGUGCAGCGCUGGGUGAUUGGCCAAUGUCUGUGUGCUGACCAGCGCUCUCUCGCGUCCUACGGGGUGCGUAGGGAUGGAGACACGGCCUUCCUGUACCUCCUCUCUGCCCGCCACGCCCGUCUCACACGGCAGCUGCUCCAGCAGGACCAGGAAAGAGCCCUCCUCACCCCCGCUACCCCUCCUCUUGAGACCCCAAGCAACGGCCCCACAUCCCAGGACUGGAGGGGUUACAGCACCCUGCCCCCCAGACUGAGCCACAGCAGCAUGGGUUCAAAUGGAGCGGGGCCAAAUGGAGCCGGGGCAGAGAGGCUGAACAUCAGUGAAAUCAAAGACCUCAUCAACCUGGAGAUGCCGCAACUCAACAAAGCACUUACCCCUAAGAAAUCAGGGAGUCAGGGUUGGGCCUGCCCCUCUUGCACGUACAUAAACAAGCCCACACGGCCUGGCUGUGAGAUCUGCAGUACAGACCGUCCAGAGAGCUAUACUGUUCCCGGGAGCUACAAACCAGACCCUCUGGAGCUUCACCGCAUACAGCAGGAGAAAGAAGCUGUCCGACAGUACCAGCAGGCGAGGGAAGCAGAGCGGAGGGAAAACUUUGCCCGGCUGGUGAUGUUGGAUGGAAAGGACCUGGUGCCCAACCCAGAUGCUGUGGACUGUAGGAUCUGUUACCUGGACCUGCAGCCUGGGGAGGGAGUCCUGCUCAGAGAGUGUCUCCACUGUUUCUGCAGAGAUUGCCUGCGCUCAGUAGUCCUGAUGUGUGAGGACCCGGAGGUGGCCUGUCCGUACCGUGAUGACACGUACGCCUGUGACUGCACCCUGCAGGGGAGAGAGAUCAGAGCCUUGGUGUCGGAAGAGGAGUACGAGCGCUGGCUGCAGAGAGGCUUGUCUGUGGCAGAGUCUCGUUGUGAGGGCAGUUACCACUGUGCCAGCCCAGACUGUGCCGGGUGGUGUGUGUACGAGGACACCGUCAACGUGUUCCACUGCCCCGUCUGCAACAAGCACAACUGCCUGCUCUGCAAGGCGAUUCAUGAAGGAAUGGACUGUAAGCAGUACCAGGAUGACCUUACGACCCGUGCUGAGAACGACUCGGCAGCCCGCAGAACCAGAGAUCUGCUCAAGACCCUGGUCCUCUCCGGGGAGGCCAUGCACUGCCCACAGUGCGGCAUCAUCGUGCAGAAAAAGGAGGGCUGUGAUUGGCUGCGUUGCACUGUCUGUCACAGUGAGAUCUGCUGGGUCACCAGAGGGCCUCGCUGGGGGCCAGGGGGUCCGGGAGACACCAGCGGAGGCUGCCGCUGUAACAUCAACAACCAAAAAUGUCACCCAAAGUGUCAGAACUGCCACUGAGAAAGACAAUGAGGGAUGUGUGCAUUGAGAGUGAGAUAGGACAAAUGAAGUGUGUGUCACUCAAAGGUUUGAUGAUUGCACUGCACAUUUAGCUAUGCACGUUUUCUGUUGGUUUCUGUUCUCCCUUUAGGCUGUGUUUAGACAGUCAGCCCAAUUCUGAUAUUUUUUUUCACUCAUUUGUCUAUUGACCAAUCAGAUCAGCUCUGGAAAAUACCUGAUGUGAUUGGCCAAAAUACCAAUUAGUGAAAAAAAUAUCAAAAUUGGGUUGUUUGUCUCAAUGCAGCCAGAGUCAUGCAAUACUGUUCAGGGACACAUUAAACUAAGUGUACUUAACUUUUUCAGCCCUCAAAGCCAAAGUCUAAUGCUAAUGACUGCAUUCUGGGGUUGUAACAGAGAGCGUACUGUGUUCUAACUGGAUAUAAUGCCAUUUUUCUGCAUAGAAAAAGAACAAACAAUCUCUGUUUCAAACUGCAUUGCGUUGUGUGCCAAUUAAUAGCCAUUUUGAAAGUACAUGAGAGUUCAUGUGAAAUUACUACUUCUGCAUGUUUUUCUAUGUUUUAGCACCUCUGAAUGAAUGCCAGGCUCUGUCACGUAGAUCUGUUUCCAAGACUAAGUGUUCUAUUUUGUUCUAUUUAUUACUCACAGGCUCUGGUUACAGACAGACAAAUGUAUGAACGCCAAGAAAACACUUUCUAUCUGCCAGUUUUCAUGGAAUAAUCAGAUUUGCUCAGUAAAUGCUGUGUGCCAUAGUGCGUUUUUAAAACAGUUUGUCAAUAAAGCCACUCUAAACACAA